AUGGGUUCUAAUUCUGAUCGUAGGUUCAGUGGAUCAUGGAAUCUGAAGACGCGCUUCGGUGCGCAGUCAAACGAGAACGCUCUCUCUCGGAUGAAGCCCAAGAUUGCAAAAGGGCCCGGCAAUCCUCCCCCCCCAGCCGAACCCGUGUUUGGACGUCUUCAAGUCACCGCUGAUGCUGAUGCCAUCAGCCAAGUCACCAACAAACGCCCCGACCAGGCAGUCGUCGACUUCAUAGUGGACGAUGCAUUUGCCUCGUAA